UUUUGAGCUUUUAAAGCUCCCUCAUUUGAUAGGUUUCAAUUCCCAGCAUUAGGAUGAACAGAGACUACUAGCUUUAAGAAUGUCGACACGCACCAUAAAAACAUAUAGUGGAGGAUGUUACAAUGCUGAGACCAUUUAGCAAAAAGCACCAUCCUUCAUAUUGAAGUGCACACAGUAAUGAGAUAGGUGGCAACCUCUCUCUCUCUCUCUCUCUCUCUCUCAUGGCUCUGGAGAAGAGAACAACAGGGCUAAGCAAGUCAUGUAUCCUUAUUAUAGUGGUGGCUAGCGUAGAACGAUUCGCGUACAAGGGUGUGGCUUCGAACUUGGUGACAUACCUCACAGAUGUAGUGAAGAUGAGCAUGUCAUCGGCCGCGAAGUGUGUUAGCACUUGGAGUGGAGUCACUUCGAUGCUUCCGUUAAUAACCGCUAUUCUUGCUGACUCUUAUUGGGAUCGCUAUUCGACAAUUAUGGCUUCUGCCUUGCUUUAUGUUGUAGGACUUGUGAGCUUAACCUCAUGGGCAUUGCUGCAUGCAUGGAUGCCAUGCACUUCACUUUUUCUCCCCCUCUAUUUAAUCUCCAUAGGGCAAGGUGGAUACAACCCCUCUUUACAAGCCUUCGGGGCCGAUCAAUUGGAGAUCGAAGACGACUCUCAUUGUAGCCAAGGCGAUGAUAAAAGCAAGGUGAAGAGCUUAUUUUUCCAAUGGUGGUACUUUGGCAUAUGCAGUGGUAGCCUUUUGGGCAAUUCCUUAAUGCCUUAUAUCCAAGAUUCGUUCAGUUGGGCGCUAGGGUUUGCCAUUCCUAGUGGUAUGAUGAGUUUAUCCGUGGCAUCUUUCUUAUGCGGUACCCGUUUCUAUGUGCACAAGCAAGCCAAGAUCCAUAAUAGGCCUCAAGAGAGCAUCAUACAAGUUAUUAAGACAUUUGCAGCAAAGAUCCUGAAUCGAAAGUUCCGACUACCUUCUCGAGAUGAUGAUGACGACGUUCUGGAACUCGAGUUACAAGAGAAGCCCCUUAAAGAUGACUUCAAUGGUCCAGAGGGAUUGGAUAGAGACUUGGCAAAAUUGGAUGAACCACCUCGCAUAACAAAAACUAUAUUGAGACUUUUCCCGAUUUGGAUGAUGCUCCUAAUGUUCGCGGUCAUUUUUCAGCAACCAAUCACUUUCUUCACGAAACAAGGCAUGAUGAUGAAUCAUAGAAUCGGAAGCAGUUUCGUGGUCCCUCCCGCAAUGCUUCAGAGUGCGAUCACUAUCUCGAUAAUACUUAUUAUGCCUCUUUAUGACAAGCUCAUCAUCCCUUUCGGGCGUCUUCUCACUCGAGACGAGAAGGGAAUUAGUGUACUGCAAAGGAUCGGUAUCGGUAUGUUCCUUUCGACCAUAGCCAUGGUUAUUGCCGCUCUUGUUGAAUUGAAAAGGGCUGGCGUUGUAAGGAAAGAAGGUCCCUUAGAAUCAGAGAAACAAAUGAGCAUAUUUUGGUUGCUACCUCAGUACAUUGUCUUGGGUAUUUCCGAUGUGUUUACGGUAGUUGGAAUGCAAGAGUUUUUCUACACCGAAGUGCCGAGUACCAUGAGAACUCUCGGCAUCGCGCUCUACCUCAGUGUUUUUGGUGUGGGCAGCUUCCUGAGUUCAUUCUUGAUAUCAUUUGUUGAGAUGAUUAAUGGUAAAUUCGGCAAAAACAACAGCUGGUUUUCUGAUGAUCCGAGAGAAGCUCGACUAUAUAACUACUAUUGGUUCUUGGCGCUGUUAAGCUCGAUAAGCUUUCUCAUUUUCGCAAAGUUAUCCAGACACUAUAAUACCUUGAAUUCUUCCGCGAAAUGAGUGAAAGAUCAAAGUUCAAUCCACUGAAUUAUCAGCAGAAGAAGAUCUGUUACAACUUUGGCAUGCUAAAAACAGGGGUUAAAUUUAGCUGCACUGUUCUUGUUAGUUUGUUUACGUUGUACGUUAAUUAGGUAGAUUUGUAUUUAAGUAGAGUUAUUGGUUUGUCAUAAUUUGAGUAUCUUAAGAAAUUUGAUCCUACAGGAGAACGUAA